CAGUUGCAUAAAAGAAUAAGCUACAUGAACAUUGACUGGAAUCGAUUCCGAACAUCGGAAAAAACAAGGGCUUCUAAACAGGCCGUAUGCUUGGGGGGGCCUAACCAUCGUAAAAGGCCCAGGAUCGUAGAAAAUAAAAAACAAAGCCGAAGGUUCAAACUUCAAAGAAGAACGGACACAGAAGAGAAACAUAGAAAAUUUACAAAGUCGCCGUCAAACCUCGGUACGGAGGACGAGAAGGAAGAGCGAAAGAGAUGAACAACGUAGUUCAGGGGCUUAAGAGGAUCCCUCGCAUCAAAUUCCCUCAGCGUCAUGUCAAACCUUCAGAGGGCACAAAGCAGCAGCAGGUGGAGAAUGAAGCUGAUGCGUUUUUCUUCUCCAAUCUCAACACUCCAAAGACUAUAGGCGGGAAGGCGUCUCUGCAGCCUAAGCGCACUCCGGUCUCUAACCAAGAAAUGGAAGCCAUACUCUUGGGAGGCUGCAUCUGAUCAUUACAACAUGAAAUGGUGGACCUCUUCUCUUCUUUGCCAUUCACAGAAUAUACUCAAGAGUCAAGAUUUGGUUUAUUAUAUAGUAAUAAACUCAGCAUGUCAAUGACAGAAUAAAAAAAAAA